UGGUGGUCAGAUACGCAAUCGACAGUCACUGAGGCGACCGACAAGGUCGUCACUAGCACAGCUGAUCAGCAAGGUGCUCCUUCUGUCCUCCUUCCAUUCUUAAGCGGCGAAGGUCCGCCGGGUGGAUCAGGAUGAGCAAGCGGUCUGUCGGUACCGAUGAAUUGGAAGAACGUGAUCCCGAUCGGAGCUCGAGGACUAAGCAAAGGAGGAGGAUUACGAAUUCUAUCGAUGGGUUAAGUGACGAGGUCUUGAUCUAUGUUUUUGGGUGGCUCGAUAAGAGGGAUCUUGCAAUCUGUCAGGCUGUCUCUCAACGAUGGGCAUGCUUGAGCGUCGACAAUCAGUUGUGGAAGGGGUUGGCAGAUGAACGAUUCCUUCGCCGUCGCCGUGAUUUCCUUACGAAGGUCCGGAUGGAAAGACCGAAUGAUCCGUUCUAUACCCGCGUUGGAGACGAUGUGACGAAGAGCGAGAACUGGAAGGGUCUCUAUAAGACGCGGCAGAAUUGGGAAGAAGGACGCUAUAGUCGGACUGCGACGGUCCUUCCUACACACAUCACCAGUCAUCUCAAAAAGGAAAUACCCCAGCCACUGAUAGUGUAUCAUGCCGAUCUGGUGUUCACUGUUGAGUAUGGGUCUGAGCUUAAAUCAUGGAAGAUCAAGGAUGGGGUUCUGGAUUGUGUCGCUGCGUCUUCCGUCUUCGGGAAGCUUGUUGACGAUUCUCGCGAAGACUACGCCACUGCUAUGGCCAUCUCUGACUCGCCUACGCCUGAUCCAGGAGUUCAUAUCGUCCUGGGACUUGCCUCAGCAGGAAUGGCUGUGUUGCGCCUUGUUCAUCACGAGGAUGGCAGUUAUCAGCUUGAAGAACGUUUACUUUUAAAGGAAAAGUAUAUCCGCCGCAAAGGCGUUAUAGUCACGGCGAAUGAGAUCAGUCAUAUUGCUUUUACUUAUCCGUACGUCAGUGUCCUCUUUGAGCGUCGAAUCUUCCGAGCAUAUCGCCUUGAGGGCAGUGAGGUACGCAUACAAAGGCGCUGUGAGCUCGAAGCAUAUCCAUUGCCGGGGCCUAUCACAAUGGACAUACGCUCCGAAAAUGGUCUACCAGUGGCAACUAUAUUGUACCCUUGCCGCCAUCUUAGUGGCCAUUGGUCACUCACGGUAGAGGAGUUCUACAUUGAUGGGGUAACGAAACCAAUGGGGCUAAGGUACGGCAGAGAAGGUUCGAUAGCAAGCGAUUGGAGCACCGAAUUCGAAGCCAAUCCGCUGACUCCUUCCUGCAUCUCCUAUCGACAUCCAUACGCGUUGACCACUCAUAAGGACAACACGUUGAUGUUGUACAAGGUCUACCCGGCCAACGGAGGGUAUUUCGUCAAAGACACCAAACUCUUUGGGCACACAAGUGGUGUAUUGUCGUGUGCUAUUGAUAGGCGGAGUCGCGCUGUGAGCGUUGCGAGGAGCGGGGAGAUAAGAGUAUGGGAUUUGGACGCGGAAUUUGGAGGAAAGGAAUUGGUUUUGAAAGGAUUUGAACCUUCUGAAGAUGGUAACGAGAACGUCGCUGUCAUGGGCUUCGACGAUGACAAGAUCAUCUUAUCGCGACGGGGAAUGCCAGGCGCACCGAGGCGAACCCAGAUACUUGUUUACGACUUCACAUAUUAA